AUGACCAAGCCGCCACUACUGCAAGGCGUUACACUGACGGAUGGCGGGCAGAAGACCGUCCAGGGCGAGACGCUCGGUCAAAACGGCGCCGUGCUCGCACUCUACUUUGCUGCAGACUGGUGCCCCAGACUGCCGCGUGUUUCAACCGACGCUUCGGUGACGGAUCAAGUUUCGCACUUAAACGAGAAGCAGCGCAACUGGUGGAUGGUCCCGUUUGAGGACGAAACGACGCGGUCGCAGCUCAAACGGACGUUUGGUGUUUGUGCCAAUGCUGAGACGAAGGGGCUGAGUCCAAUUGCCCGCAAGAAAGGGAUUCCGGCGCUUGUGGUGAUUCGUCCGAAUGGAGACGUUGUGGACUUCGAGGCAGGGGCGACGAUCGAGCGGGAGGGGUGUCGAGCUGCUACAGCGUGCUGCUCUGUUGGUGCAGCACCUCUGACCAUCUUGGCAGUGUAG